AUGGUGAUGUGGUGUGGUCGCCGAUAUCGUGGGUUGAUUUUAAGAUGUACCGUUAUAUUAUGGAUUGUCAUUCUUUGGAUUUGGACAAAGCACGAGUGGUUUAAUGCAAGCAAAUUAGUGGUUAUCGAUCGCACAUCACUCAAUGAAUUGGUUCUGUCUAUGUAUCCAAAGGGAAGACAGCUUGAAAACGUUACGAUUAGAUCUAAAGUAUAUGAUGAUUUACUUGAGUCAGCGAAUUUCCUCGAAGUUUUGAAAAAUUCCGGCCUUAGGGAAAGAUGCGAUUUAUACUUUAGUCAAUUAUACAAUUCAAAAAAUGACUGGUUUAUCGAUCCUCUCAGAAACUUUGAAUUCAAAAAAGGAAACUUUAAACCUUUUGAAGAGUAUUUAUCCGAUAAAAUUAGGGAACAUAGAGAAAAGAAUAAACUAAGCGAAGAUGAGAAGGUUGGUACUCAGGUUUUGAAUGGUUUCGAAGAAGAUUUCCGUAAGAACUGGGAAAGAAUCCGCUAUGACGAGCAGGUAAUGCACAAUUUUGUAGCACAUGCGAGAAUAUUUAACAAAUGUUAUUUAACAAGCGAUGGAGAUAUUGAAAACUUUUCUAAACGUCAAAGUUCUGUCUUUGGAUCAUUCAUACUAAACCCAAAAGAGGCACAUAAGAGCCUCGUAUUAAAACAAUUUUCAUGUAAUGAACUUGAACGAAGAGUUUAUCCUUGGUUGACUUUUAAAUUACCUCGCUACGAGCAUUGGGAUGGAAAAGUUUACAAGUUUCCAAAAUUCAAAAAUAUAGCUACUCUGGAUGAGACAAAAAAAGUUCCUAGAGUAUCUAAUUGCUUUUUGGAGAACUACAAGAUGAAGUUAAAUGGAAAGGGAAUUGUUCUCAGUAUUGCUGAUAAACAUUUAGAUUUGACAAUUCGAUUAAUUCGAUUACUUAGAAAGUUAGGUAAUACCCUUCCAAUUGAAAUAAUACAUCAAUCUAGUAUUUCAAGUGAAUCAAAGUUUCAAUUAGUGGCAGCGAGUACAACUUACUUUGAUGGUUAUCCUAAUCAGGAUAUAUGGUUUGUUGAUGUUUCUGAAUCAAUCAAAAGUGACUACAAGCACAAGUUCGAAGGUUUCAGUAAUAAAAUUCUUGCCACAUUAUUUAAUUCAUUUCAGGAAAUGAUUUUAGUGGACGCUGAUACCGUUAUUUUGGAGGACCCAAACUUCUUCUUCAAUCUCCCAAAGUACAUUAACAAUGGUACAAUGUUUUUUAAAGAUAGAUAUGCUGUUGAAUAUAGACCGAAAUCUGAUUUGACUUUUUUUCAAAAGCUAAUGCCAUCAGCAAUGGACACAGCAAUGUUUAACUUUAAACAAAUCACCGAUUACACAUUACAGAGACAAUUUUUCUUAGGUUCUAGUCAUUAUAUGGAAUCGGGAUUGGUUGUGAUCAAUCGUAACAAACAUUUUACUCAACCUUUGAUAAUGGCAUUGCUCAAUUUUUAUCUUCCAGUUCAAUCUAGAAUUUAUGGAGAUAAGGAAUUAUUCUGGUUAUCAUUAGUCAUGUCAGGAGAUGAGAAAUAUUCAUUCAACGAGCAUUUUGCAGCAGCUAUUGGAGAGGUGACACCUAGCGAGGAAAGACUGAAUGAUGCAAAGAAAGCAAAACUAUUAAAAUCUCUUGAAGUAUGCUCUAACCACCCGGGACAUAUAAGCGAUGUUGAUAAUCACACAUUGUUAUGGUUCAACUCAGGCUUCAAACAAUGUGGAAAGAAACAAAAGUUUGAACAAGAAUUUGAAUCCAAAAAAAGAUACAGAAGGCUCAAAACUUUUAAAAGUUUUAAAGCUUUUUUCGAGGACAAAGUGAUAAUUAGACAUGCCGUAAUCCCCCCUGUAGAUGCUUUGGAGGCACCUAAUAACAAAGACGAAUCAGACAAAGCAUGGAUCAACAUGAGGGAUUACUGUAGUGGAUACACCUGGUGUGGUUAUUCGCAGAUCGGUGCCGAAUCCUUCAACGAGAAAACAGGUGAAACUGAGUCUAACAUUGCAAAGGGCCAUUUUAUAGAAUUCAACGACUUAGAGACCGAAAAGUUUCAUGUCUUGGGCAAGGUUUGGCUCAGUCACUUUGAUUUCCGGAGUUAUGAACAAAUUCAGAAAGACAAGAUUGCUGCAGACAAAGCUAAGGAGAAUGCGAAAAAGAAAGCAGAAGCCAAGCUUAGAGAAGCAAAAAUUAAAGAGGCCAAGGCUCAAGAGGAAAAGGCUAGAGCUGAAGCAGCUUCUAAGCGUCCAUCUUUGAGUCAAUCUUUUGAGUCAGGGGUGGUGGCCAGUCCUUCAUCUGAACCUCACAUGUUAGAGGAUUUUUUCCUGCAUCUAUUUGAGCAUGUCCAUUGA